AUGAAAAUAAGUGCGUUGGAUGAAUUUAUUCAUUUCAAUACUCUAUUCCCUACGAGUUGUUGCAGUGUUAGUGGUAGGUACGGUUUCAUCGACAAAUUUGGUCCUGUAGAACAUCUGCUGACUGUUAUACUAAUUGAUGAUGAAGAUGUCGUCGGAGUAACGUGGAAUGAUUGUGAUAAUGAUGAUGGAAUUGAUGCAAAAAUAGAUGAUGGAACUGAUGACGUGUAA